UCAAAUGAUACGUUUCAGAGACCGUCGAAGGUGUAUUAAGUCGGGUAACGAGUAAGUAGGCAGUUGCAGAUGUACCUAUCAACUAUUAGAUUACAGUAAGGACGGACCAAAAUGCAAAAAUACAGUCAUGGUAUUGGACAGUUUGUCAACUGACUACUCCAGUAGAAGGUGAAAAGGAAAAUCCACUUCCUACUUUCCUUUGCAGUAAACUCGCCGACGCUGUUCAUGUGUGAAUCAUCCAGUCAGGAUACAACUGAAACGAUCAAGGAUACUAAGAAUGGCGCUGGCUGGCACAGAUUCCACAGCACAGGGCGAAAAAGGUGAAACGUUUUUUCUGCGAGCCAUCAAAAUAGCACUUGUUGUGGCUCUCUACUGGUUCGUCUCAAUUACCAUGGUCUUCCUUAACAGCUAUCUGUUAGAUAGCAAGGAACUUGAUGCGCCCCUCUUUGUAACAUUCUAUCAAUGUGUUGUAAGUGUAGGGCUAUGUUGUCUUAUGAACUUCUUUUCAAAUCUAUGCCCCGGAUAUGUGGAUUUCCCCUCCAUUAAAUUUGACCUGAAGGUCUCACGCGAAGUGUUGCCACUUUCUAUCGUCUUCAUUGGUAUGAUCACUUUUAACAACCUGUGCCUAAAGAACGUGGGAGUUGCAUUCUACACCGUGGGGCGCUCUCUGAGCACAGUGUUCAACGUCCUGUUAUCCUACGUCAUACUCAAGCAGACCACGUCAUUCUACGCGCUGCUGUGCUGUGGAGUAAUUCUUGGUGGAUUCUGGCUUGGUGUGGAUCAGGAAGGUGUAGCGGGGUCACUAUCUUGGUCAGGAGUCAUUUUCGGGGUCUUGGCUAGCGCCUGUGUCUCUCUCAAUGCCAUCUACACCAAAAAGGUGAUGCCGGUGGUAGAUGGAAGCAUUUGGAGACUCUCCUAUUACAACAAUUUAAAUGCUUGUGUGCUCUUCCUUCCACUUAUGGCUAUGUUUGGAGAAUUAGGACGUGUGGUGCGUUUUAAUGGCCUGGCAGAACUACACUUUUGGAGCAUGAUGACAGUGGGUGGUGUAUUUGGCUUUGCCAUAGGUUAUGUUACAGGACUUCAGAUUAAGUUCACCAGCCCACUGACACACAAUGUGUCUGGUACUGCCAAAGCCUGUGCCCAGACUGUGCUGGCAGUGAUAUACUAUGCCUCCAGUAAGAGCAUGCUUUGGUGGACCAGUAACCUGAUGGUCCUCGUGGGAUCCUUUGGCUACACCUGGGUCAAAGGAUUAGAGAUGAAGAAAGUACAGGUGCCACAGGAGCCACACACCUCAGUGACUGGACAGAAAAGUGACCCUGGAGUAUAGAACUUGAGAAGUGCCAUCAUAAGGUUUUAAAGACCUUCCCUGUUGAGAAAAAAAUGACUCAUUUUCAGGGAAAUUUCUAAAGGUUCCAAGUGGAACCUCAAUUGGUCAUCGAUUUUUUUCUGGGUUCUGUUUCUAAAACACUAUUCAAGGGGACCAGGGCUGGGAUUUCUUGCUCAUUCAGAUACAUGGGACUAUGUCUUGUGCUUGAAUGUGAUUAUUUUAGUUUACAGAAAUAUGUUACAAUGACUUCAGUGGAAGAGAUGUUUGAUUACACUGGUAAAUAAGAUGUUGCACUUUGCUAAAUAAGGAAAAACAUGAUGGCCCAUUUCACUAAAUUAAAAAAUCAUAAAUAGAUAUAAAGAAAGACCGUUGAUUUAAACUGCAAACUUUUAGAAAGUUUAAAGUAUUUUUCUGUAAU